GUCGCCAGAAUAUAUUUUUAUCCGCAGGAAAUGCAAGCCCCAUCGUGGCUAGUACUACAGUGGGGAGCUUGCGGCCUGAAUCAGUACUAUCGCAUCCCUUCUGAAGUACCAGCUUCGCGCAAACCAUCGACGUGCAUGUGGUAUGAAGUCAAUGCACAUGGAUCGGCAUCAUGCUAAGGCUAGAACUGCCCUCAACUUGGAUGUCCUCCGGACGGUCAUAAGUUUCCUCCCGGUGGCCGAUCUGAAGGGAAUCGCCGUCGUCUCCCAACCUCUGCACGAGGAAGCGUCCCGAGAGAUCCUCAGCAGGGGCGUCCACCUACGGAGCAAUGCUACCAAGCUCAAAUCCUUCUGCGACUUCAUGUUGAAGAGGGAUCCGCCUCUCUUCCCCUACCUCCGCACUUUCACGCUUGAGCACCUUCCACAUCGUUAUGUGGAUCAGACAGCCAUCGAUCCCACAGAGAUACUCGAGGUCCUCUCCCGUGCGGUAUACCUCCGCUAUCUGCGGAUACGAUGGUCUGACUUCCUGUUCACUGCUGAGUCGGACAAGCGCCUCUUUAUCACCCUCCCCAAGCUACCCGAUUUGCGUCGGCUCGAAGUCUGGACCCGGAGCAACACGACAGACACACUGGUCGCAGAGACCGUGCUCAACCUCCGCUCACAACUUCGCACCCUCGACGUCCCCAGCGACCCCGACAACCAACUCUCUCCCGACUUCCCGAACCUGUUGGCAGAGAAGCAACAAUCCCUCUACAGCCUGCGCAUCUGCUAUCCCAGUCUGACCAACACCCAAUGGGCCCCCUUCCCGUCGGUGCGCGUCCUGUACCUCCAGAUCGGGGACAAGCUGCCCAGCCUCCCGCAGCUCGUCCAUAUCUUCCCCGCCCUCCGCGAGCUCUCCGUCUCCGCCGUAGGGUUCGAGGUCGACUUCGCGCACCCGUCCCCAGAGCACGUCCGCGCGCGGAACGAGGCGCUCGCGUUUCAGAGCUCAGGCAAAGGGUGGAAGAGCUUGGACGUCUUGACGGCGGCGACCAUUGGGGACCCAUGGGUGCUGUGCUUGACGUGCCCUGUGGGAUCGGUAAGCCUGGGGCAUUACGACGUGGGGAGCCAUCGGGCGUUCGUGGACGUCGUGUCGGGCACGCGGCCGAGGAAGGUUGCGGUGCACCUCGCGUGCGCGCAGUAUUGCGUGAGACCGGACGGCCUGCAGAACAUCUUCGUCUUCCCCAGCGGGGUGGAGGAUGGUACUGAGGAGGGCGUGCGAGGGGCGACCCAUGCCGUCCUCAUGGUCUCCAUCUCGUCAUUCAACACCGUCCAGGACACGGCUACCAUCAUCGUAAGCGGUCCCACUGUUCCAAGUUCUUUGAUUCUGACCGCCGGGACGUCUGCGCAGGACACGAUUGCGUCUCACGUGAAAGACUCUGCUUUGGAAUACAUACACAUUGGGUUCGCGGAAUUCUUCAUGUCCGGCGAGCUCGACGAACGCAUCCUGAAGCCGGAGGACAUCCAUGAGGAGGUGAAGAAGGUCAUACAAGAGAUCGACCUCGAGCUACUCGUGUCUGGCAUCGUGGCGACGGGGACACGCUUACGGUUUGUUGCAGUAACCGCGGCGACACGGGACCAGAGCAUGUGGGCGAUCGACAGGACAGACAACGGGCAGCUCGUCGGGAGGGUCAAGAACGCGUUUUCUGCGAGGGAGAUCAUAGACCGGGAGGAACGUAGGCACAAGGGUACUGGUUGGUUCUCCCAAUGA